UUCAGAGUGUGUAGGAUGUAGGGCGUAGGGAGCGAGGUGGAGUCCUGCUCGUGUUCUGAUUCAGCUCGUCGGUAUGAAGUAAAACCGGGAGCGCUGUUUAAUUUCACACCCUGAGCAGCACACGUCAAUAGGGACGCGGGGAAGCGAUUUGGGACGGAGCCCGUGGCUGCCGGUAAAGAUGGCGGCGUUGCGCAGGAUGGUGUCGGUGCUGGCGAGCAGAUCGGCGGCUCGGUUCGGGGAGAGAGCGCGCGUGAGGAGCGGCGGGGCUGCGGCGGUGGGAGUCGGGCUCGCAGCCGGUGGAGCGGCGGUGCUGUACCUCAGCUACCGGGGAGCGCGCGCCGGAGUCCGCAACCGCGCGCCCGUGCUCGCGGAGGAGCCGAAGCGGCAUUUGGACCUGGAGGAUGGAGAUGUGUACAUGUCGUCUCACGAGCACCACUUCCGGCUCUUCAGCUCUCUGGAGUACGAGGGUCAGCUGUACAUGACGCCUCAGAACUUCAUCGAGUCAGUGACCAUGAGCGAGCCCAGGAGUAAGAAAUCAUGGCGAUCUCUCAGUAAACAGGAACUGGAGAAGAUCCUCUCUGAGACUCCUCCAGUGUGGAAAGGAAGUUCAACCCUUUUCCGGAAUCUAAAAGAGAGAGGCAUCAUUUCUUACACGGAGUAUCUCUUCCUGCUUUGUAUCCUGACCAAGCCUCAUGCUGGCUUUAAAAUAGCCUUCAACAUGUUCGAUGCCGACGGCAACCAGAUGGUGGACAAGCAAGAGUUUCUGGUGCUUCAGGAAAUUUUCCGGAAGAAGAACGAAAAGAAGGGACGCAAAGGAGACGCAGAGAAGUCGGCUCAGCUGAGUAUGCAGCUCUACGGAUAUCAUGUCGCCCCAGGCACUAGCGUGUCGAAAAAAGAGAGCCGAGAGGAGUGUGUGGCGCGGAGCUACUGGGACGUGUUGAGACGAAGCGCCAGCCAAGCGCUCUUUUCUGACCUGGCAGAGCGCACGGACGAGGGCAUGACUAUCGACACCACGCUGCUCAUACACUUCUUCGGGAAGAAAGGCAAGGCAGAGCUGACGUUUGAGGACUUCUACAGGUUCAUGGAUAAUCUCCAGACAGAGGUGCUGGAGAUCGAGUUUCUGACCUACUCCAAAGGCAUGAUCACCAUCAGCGAGGAAGAUUUCGCUCGCAUCCUCCUGAGAUACACCAACGUAGAGGACAUCCGCAGCUACCUGGAAAACGUGCGACAGUCCAUUCCUGAUGAAAAGGGCAUCACCUUCGAGGAGUUCAGGUCUUUCUUCCAGUUCCUUAACAACCUUGAAGACUUCGCUAUCGCUAUGCAGAUGUACAACUUCGCCAGCCGUUCCAUCGGGCAAGAUGAAUUUGGGAGGGCGGUGUACGUAGCCACGGGCCUUAAACUCACUCGCCACUUAGUGAACACCAUCUUUAAGAUCUUCGACGUGGAUCACGACGACCAGCUGAGCUACAAAGAGUUUAUCGGGAUCAUGAAGGACAGACUGCACCGCGGAGCCAGGGGUUAUAAGGAUGUGGAAAAGUUCACUUCCUUCAGGUCCUGUCUGAAGAAGGAGCUGGCAGGAAGCAGGUGAGCGGUGAAUCGGUCCUCAGCUGUCUGGAGGAAGGAUCCUUCGUCAUCUUCAUCGUCAUCUUCGUCACGAUCUGAAGUCUUCCGUGGAGCGUCUGCCGAGACGUUUCUUCUUUCUGCAUGUUCUGCAUGACUCUCUUCGCUUCUCUCAGUACUUCCAGCGCGGGAAUUGGGUGUUAAAUGAUCAAUAACUCCAGCCAGCAGCACACUGUGAAGAGAUCUCUGUUUAAAAAACGCACACAGAUCACCGUCCUUCCUAAACCUCCGCGAUUUCUGUCUAUUAUUUAUAUCGUUAUUAGCAAAUUGUGACACUGGAUUACGUUCUGAAAAAAAAUCUGCUGAUAUUUUCCACCUGGACUCAUGUUACUUAUUUACUCCAAAUCUAAUGCUAGCUCAAGCAUAGCUACGAAUAUAUUAUGGAAUUUUGUUCUCAAUUCCGAUUGGUCAGGAGGCGUAUUAGCGUUUCUGUAGUAACGGAUCAUUCACAGGCGAAAGGAGCGACAAACAGAUUCAUAGCGCUUUAUUAAUUAACAAAAAUUUAAAUAAAAAAUGACGGUGUUUACUUCAGAGUAAGGAGAUGUUUAUUUAACAUUUUUUACGGAAGGAGUCUCCAGUGUCAGGAGGAAAACUGUUCCAAUUUCGUUCUCAAGAACAAUUAAAUAUAGAGGCUGGGGAGCAAACGACUGUUAUAGCUGCUAUAGCGUAAGCGAUAACGUAAAUAUUUAACGUUAAAUGUACGUAUAAAUGGAUGAAUAGUGUGGAAAAUUUAUUAAUAAAUAAAAUAUUGUUUUAUUGUAGUUGCAUGAAGAGGAAUAAAGCACUUGAGGCUUUGCUGGUGAGAGAAAUGAAUCACCCUGGUGGUGUGGUGGUGGUGGUGGUGAUGGGGGGGAGGGGGUGGUGGUAAGAGGAACUCACUCGCUCUUCUAUUAAUUAUAAUGAAAGAUGAAAAUACAUUGAACCCAAAGUGCCUGAUUAGAGUGAAUAAAAAAUCCUGAUUAGUUUCAAUCUAAAUUCUUCAAUUCUUCUCUUCAGAUGCUUUAAUCAGACUCUUAAAUGGUUGUGGUAAUCUAUGGACCAGUAAGAAACAUGACCUGAACAUGUGAAUGUGGAUUUUUUUUUUUUCGCGUAUAAAAAUCCGAGACCUGCAUGUGACACUGUGAACUGCUGAAUAAUGACCUUAAAAUAAUCAGCCAGUUUCUCCACUUCCAGUUGUUUCACUUCCAGUUUGCGCUCGAGCCUGCGGUCACUAACCUUUAAAAAAGAAAGAAAGAAAGAAAGAAAGAAAGAAAGAAAGAAAGAAAGAAAGAAAUGCCUGAAUGAUGGAUAUUUAUACGGCAUACUGAAUGAAGGUGUUAGAAUAAUUUUUCUCCUUGUUCUCACAGUUAUUACCGGGAUAUGAAGUCUGAAUAUGAUCUGAAUGCUUUACUUAACUUAUUGCUGUUCAAUAAAAUAAAAAGAAAAUACACAAAAUCCUCCUUUCUUCACCCUGCAGCCUUCAUUAUCAAAUUAAAAUGUUUUGGAAAUUAUUUGUAGAUUUGUUCCUGUGAGUUUUGCAUCAGAGAAAUAGCAAUAAAGCUGAUCCUACCUGAACUCUCUAACUGCGUUACGGAGAUUAUUUAUCGACUGACUGAGAAACAAACUUCAGUUAUAACUUCUUUCGAAACACAAGACAACAUUUAGCUAGCUAGUAAUUUUUUAAAAAUAUAUAUAUUCCACAAAUCCGGAUCAGGAUCAUCAAUGCUAGCUAACUUACGACUCCUCGAAGCUAGCUCCGGAGCUAGAUAGAUGCGGUUAGACACGUGUUUAAGGUUGUUUGUGGUUUCUUAGUAAAUUCUAAAUAAAUUGUGUGGGUUUUUGUUUAGUUU